AUGGAUAAAAAUACUCAGGACGAUAUAACAACCAAACACAGAGAAGCAAUUUUGAAAUAUUUAGGCAAGAGUGAGGAAGAUUUGGCUGAGUGUGUGAAGUUAAUGAAAAGUUGGUUCAAAACUCAACCGCAUCUUCCAGAAGUUCCAAAUACUAAAAAAAUUGAAUUCUACGUAGUAAACAACACAUUUAACUUAGAAUCAGCAAAGACAAAGAUAGACCAAUUUUAUACGUCAAGGAGCACGCUUACCGCUAUUUUUGACAACUCAAAUCCAAAAUCACCAGAGCAGAAGGCGGCGAUUGACUCAGCCCAAAUUGUUCCAUUGCCAAAAUUGUACGAUGACCUGUACGGUGUUAUUUUGUUCAAAAUGAGGGAAAACAUACCAGUAAACUUGGACCCACACUGGUGGCUUGGAGCUCUAGUCAAUGCACACGAGGUUAAAAUACACGAGUGUUUGAUGCUAAACUACAUCGUAGUUUAUGAUUUAGAACACAUGACACUAGGCCAUCUUCUAAAGAUUACUCCAAUGUUCGCAGUAAAUUCCAGUAAAAUAUCUGAGAAUGGACUAGGUGAGCGAUUAAAAGAGGUGCAUUUUAUCAACUGUCCACCAUUUUUUCAGAUAAUAAUGAAUAUAUUGAGAGCGGUAAUGAGGGCAGACUUUUUUAGCAGGUUACAUAUACAUCAUACUGUAGACAGCUUCAGACAACGGUUUCCAUCAGAAUUGCUUCCAAAAGAUUACGGUGGCAACGAAAAAUGUAUGGAUGAAUUAGAAGCUGCAUGGAUAAAAAAAUAUGAGGAAUACCAAGAACACUUCGAUAGGUUGGAUACCUUAAGGGUCGACGAAUCGCUUCGACCCAAUCCAGACGUUCCCAAAGAUUUGAUUGGACUUGGGUUUGAUCAUUUUAGGAAAAUGUUUUUUGACAGUUAG